UGAUUUUGGAUAUGACAUGAAAUCCAUUUUCUCAUUCAAAUAAUGGCACUGGCUUAUUAAGUGUUUAUCAACGAACUCGAUUUUCGGUACUUCCUGGACACGUCGACGUAGCAGACAGAAACCGGAAAUCUGUUUACCGCAAGAGUAUAUUCGUUUUGAAAUAUGGAGACGUUAUACGGUAUACCUUUCGCAGUGUUGGAAUGUCCAAAUAUAAAACUCAAAAAGCCGUCAUGGUUGCACAUGCCCUCGGCUAUGACAGUCUAUGCGAUCGUUAUUGUAUCGUACUUUCUCAUUACUGGAGGGGCAGAACGACAGAUUUUUACCUUGUCAGCUCGGGGAUUCGUUUUUGCAACCUUCCGGUUACUCGUCCAACGCUCUAACCACCUGCCUUACAUUGCACUCCACGAGGAGUCUGCGUCGCAGGCUGACUGUUACGCGAGUGCAGCAAGAAGACAAGGCAUCAUCUACGAUGUCAUUGUGGAACCACCUAGUGUGGGUUCAAUGACUGAUGAACAUGGGCACCAGCGGCCAGUUGCGUUUUUGGCAUACAGAGUGAAUGGCCAGUACAUCAUGGAAGGGUUGGCCUCCAGUUUCCUCUUCACUAUGGGAGGCUUGGGCUUCAUAAUCCUAGAUCGCUCCAAUGCCCCAAACAUCCCUAAACUCAACCGCUUCCUCCUGCUGUUCAUUGGUUUUGUAAGCGUCCUGCUCAGCUUCUUCAUGGCCAGGGUGUUCAUGAGAAUGAAACUGCCUGGGUACCUCAUGGGUUAAAGAUGGACACAACAUAUUGCAAAGAUGAAGAAAGAAGGGCAAAGACAAGUAUAACUUGCACAAUCACUGAUUAUGUACUAACGCUUCAAUUGAUUUAAGCCAGCCUAAACAUUCAACAGAAAUUUACAUUGCAAAUUUAGAAUUGACAGUAACACCCUUCCCGAGCAAUACGUCUAUGACCAUGUUUGAGUGGUGUAUUAAAGGCCAGUGCUGUCAAAAAUGA